AGAAAUUUCCCUUGGCACCCAAAUGAUGCCUACAAGAAGAAGUUCCUAGCCUACGUGGCUGUCACGAACGUGGUGGUCCUUUGCAACCCGUUAAGCCACCCGCAAUGGCCUUGAGGGGACUCUGGCUCAUCGGCCACGAACAAGGGGCAUGUGGCACCGUGCUGUUUUCCAGGCGUUACCCCACGGUUGAAAAGCGAGCAAAAUGCCUCAACGGAGCAAGCUAUGUGGCCGUGCCUGAAGACGGCCCUUUCCUUAAAGCACUGCUUUUUGAACUGAGACUGGCCGAUGAAGACCAGAGCUUCAUAGAGCGUAGGGAUGGCUGCUCCCGAAUCAACAAGACUUCGGUCUAUGCCCUUCAGACCGAAAGCGGAGAACUUUGGCCUGUGGUGGCCUUCCAGAAGAGCGGGUUGAUUUACGUCGGCCUCCCAUUGGUAGAGCAGCCCUUGGCACCACGCCCACCCCUCAUCAGCGUCAGUGGGGUCUCUCAGGCUUUUGCGGUCUUGUCGGGGCUGCUGGCUUUCAUGAACUCCAGCCAGAAGAGCAAAGCAGAGAGGACUUCCAAAAUCGGCCAGCUCCCAGGCUUGCUUAUGCAGAGCUGUCCUCUUGGCACCCCGCUGGAUAUGAACUUGAACGGCUCGUUGUUGGAAAACAGUCACGUUGCUCCAAGUAGCCAUCCUCAGAAACCGCCAGCUUGGAGAACCAGCAUGUACAAGGGCAAGCCUCAAGUUAAUGUCUGCAUUACUGAAAAAGUCAAGUCUGUGCAGUAUGACAAAAGGGAUGUGUCAGACAUGUGGCAGGUUUAUGGAACUGUAACUUGCAAGUGUGACAUCGAAGGCACUGCUCCCAACGUGACCAUCAGCUUGAACCUCCCUGCCAACGGCUCUCCUCUCCAGGAUAUUUUGGCCCACCCUUGCGUUACGUCCCUCGACUCUGCCGUUCUAACUUCCAGCAGCGUUGACGUAAUGGACGACUCUGCCUUCAGUGGGCCUUACAAAUUCCCUUUAAUACCUCCUCCGGACCCCUUCGACCUGUGCUUUUAUACUUCCCAGGUGCCUGUUCCACCAAUUUUGGGGUUUUAUCAGCUAAAAGAGGAAGAAUCACAGUGGAAGUUCACCGUUCACCUGAAGCUUCAUGAAAGUGUGAAAAACACUUUUGAGUACUGUGAGGCCCGUAUUCCCUUUCUCAACAGGGGACCCAUUACACACCUGGAUUACAAAGUCAGCUACGGCCAGCUUGAGGUGGCGAAAGAGAAAAGCUUGCUGGUUUGGGUCAUAGGACAAAAAUUCCCCAAGUCAUUGGAAAUUUCCCUUUCUGGGACUGUCGCUUUUGGCGCCUUGAGUCAGGAGCAGCAGAUUGACCCUGUGUGUACUGGAAGCACCACUUACAUCAAACUUUAUUUUAGAAUCCUGGAUUUCACGCUGACCGGAUGUUACACAGACCAGCAUUCCAUCCAGGUCUUUUCCUCAGGAAAACCAAAGAUCAGUACAGCUCGAGAAUUGCUUUCUUCAGAUUACUACAUCUGGAAUUCCAAAGCCCCGGCACCUGUAGUGUAUAGAACUUUACUUUUCUAAUUUCCCCUCAAUUUUGUACUUGAAAUGGGAAAAAAGUACUGAAAUGUUUUAA